CAGGUCACGUGACAAACUAAUAUGCUGCAGGUUUUUUUCGUUUUCGUUCUUGUUGUCAGCGUGGGUGCACUCAGUGGUCGUCCAAUCAUAGGAAUUUUGACUCAAGACACUUAUGAGAGUCACCAUGGCAACAUGUAUCUUGCUGCUUCCUAUGUGAAGUAUGUGGAGUCGUCUGGGGCUCGUGUCGUUCCUAUAUUUAUUAAUCACACAGAAAGUGAACUGAAGUUUAUUCUUGGGUCUAUAAAUGGCGUAUUAUUUCCUGGUGGUGGAGCCAGUCUGAAGCCAAAUGGAUCUGGUUUUAUUGACACAGCAAUGAGAAUCUACGACUACUUUGUAGAGGAAAAUUUGGCUGGUCGUUUCUUUCCUCUUUGGGGGACGUGUUUAGGAUUUGAGACUCUGACGGUUUUGGUGGCAGGACGAGAUUUGUUGACACCCUGUGAUGCUGAGAACUACAGCAUACCGUUAGUGUUUGAACCGGGAUUCAAUGCUAGUCGAAUGUUUAAGGGUGCAACAGAUGAUAUGAUACGUUAUCUCUCGAAUGAGAAUGUGACCAUGAACAAUCAUCGUUACUGUGUUACUCUUGAGACUUUCAUACACAAUGAGAAACUCAACAGCACCUUCAACAUAUUGUCAACAAACAAGGAUCGUAAUGGAAUAACGUUUGUUUCCAGUGUUGAAGGUCGUUUGUCUCCUAUCUUUGGCACUCACUGGCAUCCUGAGAAGAACGCGUUUGAGUGGACGAGAUCAGAGGGUAUUGAUCAUUCUGCUGAUGCUGUUGCAGUUACGCAGUACAUGGGCAAUGUCUUAGUACAACAAGCACGAACGUGUGACCACCAUUUUCCCAACGACAACACAGAGGCGAAGUACUUGAUCUACAACUACCAGCCAGUCUACACCGGCAACGUAUCUCACUCAUUCGAGCAAUGCUACUACUGGUGACACACGCCUCUACAU